AUGGCGUUGGAUGCGAAUGCGCUUUCUCACCUGAAGGUGAAGGAUCUACAGCGAGAGUUGAAGAAACGAGACCUGGACACUAGCGGACUUAAGGCGAUGCUGCUUCAGCGUUUGAAGGCGCAUUUGCAGCAGGAGGAGCUGCAAGAGGAAUGCCGACAAGCUGAUUACGAUAACGAGAAGAAAAGUAAGGAAAUAACGGAUAAUGACAAGGUACUCAAGACUGUUGACGAGAGAAAGGAUGACGACAAGCACGAGUUCACGCAGGAGCAGAAUGGUGAAGGGAUUUUGCGAGUGAAACGGGACGUCGAGGCAAUUCUAAAGGACAAAGACGAAGACGCACCGAACGUCAAAAAGGCAAAGCUGACUACAGAGACAGAAACCAUUAGUUCGCAACCAGAAAAUGAAGAUACGAAACCUGCGAUACUUGCGGCAAAAAGCCUGGAUACUUCAAAGGAUACAGAAGAUACUGCUGAGUUAGCUACAGAGACCAGAACAACACUUCGGAUCGAUAACUUUAUCAGGCCAUUUACGCUCAAUGCUGUCAAGACUCUUGUGCAAGAACUAGGCAAUUUUGUUGAAAAUGGCUUUUGGAUGGAUGCUAUCAAAACUCAUUGUUUUGUGACGUAUCCGACUUCCGAAAUUGCUGUAAAGACGAGUAAGUCCUUAAACGGCAAGGUAUGGCCUCCUGAGAACGGUCGUUCGCUUCAGGUUAAAUUUGUUGAUCAUACGGCUAUGGAGGUCGUGCAAUCUGGUGAAGCGAAUAUACCGAGCCAACCGAAGAUUAAAGAUAGUGAAGUCACACCAUCAACUCAGCGACAAGUGGUGACUAUCGACGAAUUUUUUCAAAAGACCGAAACAAAACCUGUACUCUACUACUUGCCACUCACUGACGAAGAAGUCAAGGAGAGAAAGCAGCGUCAGGGUCAGCAACCCAUGGGCCAGCCGCGAAAACGUCGCCAUCGAGGCGGUCGUAAACAAAACUCUGUAGCUCGAUUUAGUAUGUUCGACGAGGAUGAGUACCUUUUCCAGCAUUAA